AUGACUUGGGUAGCCAUCGUGUCCUACGUCUCACCUGUUCAGAGGUCCUUCCUCAGUACCUCCUGGAGAACCAAGCCUGCACUGACUGGGGUCAGACGGGAAGGUUUCCCUUCCGGAGCAGAGACACCAGGCUUCACUCGAGGAGCUCCACUUGAAGCCGCGGUGAGCAUGAGCCUGAGUGUGAUCACAGCACAGGGUGUCGCCGGCCUCUCCCCCCUCAACUCCCAGAAGGUGACAGCUAUCCUAAACAAGUCCUUUAAGAAAUGGGACGAUUUCUUUCCGCCCAAGACCUCACCACCCAAACGUUGUGUGGACAAAGCAUCUAAGCCUCAGAGAUGGGAACUGAGGAGGUCAAUCUUGGGGACCAAGUCAACCAAGCUAAUUUCUCCUCUGUCACAGAGGUUGCUGCUGGGCUUCUCCAACCUCGGAGAAAUCCAACUCAUCCUCUUUGCUGUAUUUCUGUGCCUGUAUCUGAUCGUUCUCAGUGGGAACAUCACCAUUGUCACUGUCAUAUGCCUGGCUCGCGGCCUCCACGUACCUAUGUGCUUCUUCCUGAGGAUACUUCCCAUCUCUGAGACAUGCUACACUCUGGUCAUCCUGCCCAAGAUGCUCAUAAAUCUGUUGUCCCCGCUCAGAACAACCUCAUUUGUCGACUGUGCCACUCGGAUGCUUUCCUUCUUUGGUUUUGCUGUCACUAAUUGCAUGCAGCUGGGGGUCAUGGGUUAUGACCACUAUGCUGCCAUCUGUCAUCCACUUCGGUACGCUAUCCUCAUGAGCUGGCAGAUAUGGGGACAGCUGGAAGCCACUUGUGCUGUGAUUGGCUUGUUCUCACUGAUAGGCUCCCUCUUAGUCUUUGAACUCCCUUUCUGUGGCCCCAGUAAGAUCAACCACUGCUUCUGCGACAUCUUGUCAGUUAUCCAACUUGCAUGUACUGAAACCUACAUCCAUGAGCUGAUCAUCUUCAUUGGUGGGGUUCCAACACUCAUGAUCUCCCUGACUUUUUUCUGCAUCUCGUAUGGCUUCAUUGUCCACACCAUCUUGAAGAUCCCAUCCACUGAUGGCAAGCGGAAAGCCUUCCCCACCUGUGCCUCCCACCUCACUGUGGUCAUUGUCCACCAUGGCCGUGCCUCCUCUGUCUACCUGCGGCCCUCAGCCAAGUUCUCAUCCAGCAAAGACAGGCUUGUGACAGUGGCCUACACAGUUGUGACUCCGCUGUUGAACCCCGUGGUGUAUAGCCUCAGAAACAAGGCUGUCGAGAUAGCCAUUUGGAAAGUGAUUGGCCGAAGAGAAUUUUAUCCUAAAGCUUUGAUACAUGUAACGGAGAAGCAUUACUACAGCCAUGAGCCACCAGUGUUGGAAAGGAUCCAAGGCUGUCGCUUCCACUGCCCUGUCAUUCCCGAGUCCCACCUGCAGUAUCCUGGCUCUGCCUGA